ACAGAGAGGGAGAGAGAAAAUACCGAAAAGGCCGCAGCUAGUAGUAGGAAAUGUAAGAGUGUCGCGUCGUCGCCAAUCUCGCGCCACAUUUUCGAUAGCCGCGCGCUUUACUUUCUCAAUCACCCUUGGUCGCUCAACUUCUCUUCUUACCGUUAAAGUUCUCACUCCAUGACUUCACGAAAGCACCGUGCGAUGGCCUUUGUUCAUCGUCAUCUAAGCGGAAUUAAACACUGAGACCAAGGAAAUAUUGAAGGUAAAUGGUAGCGGGUAAAAAGUGAGACCAAGAACAUGGCCGAGUUCCAGCCAAUGGGCCUCGGGCUAUUUCUCCUUGCUGCUCUCCUUGUUCUCGCUGCUCCGAGUCCAGCCGCACUUCGCAAAUUGGAUCGUGAGCGCUGCAAUAAGACGGUGGAGAUUUACGAGGACGUAUCAAGCCCAGCGGUGAACGCUGAGACGUGGGGCAAGCCGUUGACAUGCAGCUACCGCUUCCGGGCGAUACGCGGUUCGCCCCGCGACUGGAUACUGCGAGUCCGCUUCAAGAAGUUCAAGGUCGGAACCCUCGUCAAUGCCACUACCUGCCUGGGUGGUUACAUGCAGAUAACCGAUGGUAACGCGAAGACUGAGGUUAGCAACCGUAAGGAUCCUGGGGUGUUUUGCGGUGAGUCGGAGCAACCGCAGACCUUCAUCUCGGAGACAAGCGUUGUUCGAGUGCUUUUCCAUACGGACAAUUUUACCGAUCAGACUUACUUUAGCUUCGAUUCACGCGCCGAGCAACAGUUCGAGGUUUAUCUUCGUUAUGGCCAGCAUCCCGAGCUUUAUCCAAAUAGACGCGGAGAGGUCUUAGCCGGCACCUACUGCGAACGAAGCUUUAGAGACUGCAGGCUGCAGACUUGCUAUGUUCAGAGUCCAGCUUAUCCGGGCAUCUAUCCUCGUGACUUGCACUGCAAGUACCACCUCAACACGCGGCUACCCUUCAUAAAGCUCUACAUCGAGAACGAGGAGUUCAACAUCGACGGCCAGCGAUGCGAGAACAUCAUGACCUGCCCGAUGCGGCCGAUUAGUUCCGGAGCAGAACACUGCCCUUACGACUAUGUUCGUAUCUACGACGGCCUCAACGAAACCGCUCCUGUUAUUGGCACCUUUUGCGGCAUGGGCAAGUUUCCGUAUAGUAUAAUAGGCACUGGUAAGGAUUUAUACGUGGAGUUUGUGUCAUCGUCAGCCGGUCCGUUGCUAAACACUGGCUUUCACUUUAAUGUGGGAAAUUGGCCUGGACAUGUGGAUACUGCUAGUACCAAGAAUGGUAGCUGCGAUUGGAUCCUCAGCAGUGAAACCCUUCAAGCAAAGGAUGAAGGCAUAUUUCUGUCAGUAGCUCAUUGGUAUCCACCGCACACGAGCUGCACUUACUUGCUCAAAGGUCGGAAAGGUGAAAUAACUAGGCUUUACUUUCCAAGCUUCAGGGUAAAUCGCAUCGAGUCACCAAUUCAGCCAUACGAGGGUGAUUGCGCCGAGAGCCUGACACUCUAUGAUGCCGACUGGGCUGACGACGCGCGUAUUAUCAAGACGUUUUGUGACACCUUCAGUAAGCCCAUGGAAAAGCACGACUUUGUAUCUACUUCAAAUUCCUUAUUUGUGCGCUUCGAAAGUAAAACCGGAAGCUACUCCGGAAGUUCUUUAUACUAUUGGGCACAUUAUGAUUUUUUUAACGCGACUAGAUUCGGCGAUCCAGUACCUAAUACCGAAUGUGACGAGGUAUUUUCAUCUUGGAAAAAUCGCUCUGGAAAAUUCCGCUCACCUCUCAACACUCUUCUCUAUAAAAGAUCUGGAGACCCAGCUAAUGAUCUGACUUGCACAUACACUUUUAUCACGGAUAAAAGGCUUUAUGCCAGGAUCAUCCUUACUUUGCACUCAGUUAAUUUUAAAGAACAUCCAUAUGCUCCAUGUAGCCACUGCUGGGGGAGUCGAGCCGAUCGCGUUAUCAUUUACGAACCUCAACAUCCUCCAAAUAGUAAUAGUCCAAAUGGACUGAAUACUCCAAAUAAUUCUGGCAAUAACAAUAACAAUAAUCUCCUGGUGAAUCUUCAUCAAUCAUCGUUGAAUCCAAGCAAAGGCUACUGCCGUUGCAAGCUCUCUCCGAGCGACCCACCGAUUCGCAUAAUAUCACGUGGCGAGAAACUAGAACUAAAGUUUUUGGUCGAUGGAGCACAUGCAGCGACAAGUUAUUUUAAACAACCGGCUCCGCUCUUUGAGGCAAGCUUCGAAUUCGUCCAUAGUCCUCUGUGCGGUCCGGCAGUCCUUCAGCCAACUACAUACGGUAAAUUAGAGUUUCCUUAUUACGAUGCGCUCAGUUACGUUACGCCGCCGCGGUUUAUAAAGUGCAUUUGGGAAUUACGCGUAAACGUGGAGCGCGACUUAUGGCUACACUUGGACAAGACAAAGUUUGCAUCACGCUCGUGUGAGGACGGCAAAUUGGAGAUCUUCCUUCCUGCAUCCGGAGGGUAUUCGCCCGAACCCUAUAUUGCAAUUUGUGGUGAAAACGUGAGCUACGUCAAAGAAAUUCCUAUUUUAACAGCGGCUCAAAUAGCACCCGCCGAUCCAGGCGAAUCGGGUUCUCCUAGCGUGACCAUUCAGUUUACAGGGUCUAUGGCACUCGCUAGGGCUGAAUUCAAAAUCGAAUGGACGGAAUUGUAUCAUCUACCUAGGGAUACUUCGGGCAAUCUAAAUGUACAGAAACUCGAAGAUUGCGCCUUCCAGUGUCCAGCGGAUGCUGGAUGUAUACCCGAAAGAUUGCUGUGCGAUGGCGUAGUCAAUUGUCCAAUGCCAUCUAGAACGUUAAAUAAUUCAACUAUCCGAGAGGCUGACGAUGAGUCGCGAGAAACGUGUGGUAAGCUUCUGGAGCCCAGAAACGAUGACAAUACAUCAAUUAGCGAUCUUGUUGGAUCGACGGGUUGGACUGGUGCUGGCCUUGGUGCAGCUCUUGCUAUUCUGCUUGGACUUUGUUGCCUCGUGUGCACCUGUCGUAUGUGCAAGAAGAGCUCGUCCUCAAGAGACAUACAUGUACCAUAUUAACAAGAUUUUUAUUUAAAAUUUUCGAAAAUGUUACUUUUGAUGUACGAUGUAAUCUUAUUGCCUCACGUCUAAUGGUUCGACAGGAAAAUACAAAGAUAGUCUAUAUUUUGACGGGUUGAAAAAAGUCAAAAUACGUCAUGGAUAAAAUAAAAAUACUAAGACCAUUAUUAGUAAUCAAUAAGCCAAAAAAUUAUUCCAUUUAUAUUAAUAAAAUAUAGCUUUCUGAAUUAUGAAUUCAUACAGUCACUCUUUUUAAUGACGCCAACAGUAUUCGUUCGUUAAUAAGUAAUGAGUUAAAUAUUUUAGUUUGUAAAUUCAUUUUCAGGCUUUGGUGCCCAAUUUAAGUAAUCGAUAAAUAAGUAGAUAUGUAGA